AGUCGACAACGCAACAGCAUCCGCCCUUCUUGCUGUGGGCGGGACAUUGCGCAUUAGUCAUCUCCUCAUUGGCUGCUACCCUGCACCACAUCACAACUAACUGUAUUUUUCCUUAACAGUCUCUUCUGCACGGAAACAUGGCAAGAGGUCAAGCAGCCAACCAGGAGCUUGCUGAGGUGCUCAAUGAACUCUGGCGUCUGGAUAGCAACCGUCUCAAACCGGGAAUUGAUUAUAUCAUUUCUCUGCAGGGUCGAGCAGGGUACGUGGCUCAGGGAAGUAACUACGCCAGAGACAGAGCCAGGGCGCCGCUUUUCACGUACGUCAACCAGGACAAGCUGAAAAGCAUGAAGACGUUUUCACAUUUCAUCAACCUGCUGGACAACUACGAGAUGUCGACCGGUGUGACAGAGACCGUGACGUCCGAGGAGCUCCAGGAGAACCACAAGUUUCUGGACGCUAUUCUGGAGACACAAGUCAUGAAGUGUGCUCACCAGUAUCUGGUCAAGAAGAGCCAGUCGCCGUCAGACGUCACACACUUCAAGAGGCAGCUCUACGACAUCUGGUUCCGACUGUACCACCGGGACAGGAGCGGGGGAGAGGAUUCCUGCGGGUUUGAGCAUGUAUUUGUUGGGGAAACCAAGUUUGGCCAGGAGAUUAUUGGUCUACACAACUGGGUGCAGUUCUACCUGCAGGAGAAGCACGGCCACAUCGACUAUAAAGGCUACAAAGCAAGAGACAACAAAGACACGCCUGACCACGACGACCACGUCCUCAACCUGCAGUUCAGCUGGAAGGGUUUGGUGAAGCCCGUCGGCGGUUCCUUCAUCGGGGUAAGCCCCGAGUUUGAGGUCGCUCUCUUCACCAUCAUAUUCCUUGCGUCUAUGGAGAAGAUGACGUCGGUGGUGGUCAAAGUGGACGAGUACACGCUGGAGCUGGUGGUCUACCGCCACGGACGCUCCAUCGGAACGUCCUUCCCCAAGCUCCUCAGCAGCAAUAACCGGGAUUUGUAAGAGCAUCAUCGCCGCAAUCGUCACCACGUAGUUGGUUUUCUUUACUACUACUACUUCCUGUGUCGGCACAUAGCAACCAAUACACACCGCACCGUGUCUUUCUGACCAUCUUAUUUGCAUUUUAGUUCAGUUAGUAAUUUUUAUGCAUGAAAAUGCUUCAUUUAGUCUACAAAUAUAUACAUUUUGUUUAAACAUGCAUAUGUUGUAUUAUAUGAAUAAUAGGCCUGAGGCAACCACAAAAGCGCAAGUAAGAUUCCUCAUUUAUAAAUGCAAUAUUUUUGUAGUUAUGGCAGAAAAACCUGUUUACAACCUUCUAAAUGUGGCCUUUAAACACUAUCAGAGCCAUCUGAUAAGGAUAAGCGGUAGAAAAUUAAUGAAUGAACAUUUGUUGUGCUUUUCAUAUUUUUUUAAGUCACUUUUUGUCUAUCCAUUACAGUGACCAAUUAUGCAAAUUAUGUAUAACAUAACAUCAUUAACCCACAAUGCACCAUUGCCACCGAUAGAUCGCAGGACUGUGGCAAACGAACUUUUUUUGUACGAAUUGCACCCCCCACCCCUGCUUUAGAGGUAAAUCAAGCUUUAUUUGCAAAUAUGGCUUCUUGGACCACAGUUCUUUCAAACAAGCGUUUGACGGGUGCUUUGUCGCAAGGUAAUGCUUGCGGUUAGCACGUGAAAAUCAUCCAUGUAACAAGUGCUCAUUUACUUUGUGCUCGUAAGUGUAAACAACAUUAUGUUGUCAAAUGUAGUCUUAAACGUUAUUUAUAGUCUACAUUUGCCAUCAACUGACACGCUGUCAUGAUGCUCCAUGCUCCUGUACAGGAAACAAUCAGCUUCUAUGUAUUGGAUUUCGUAUUACACAUGUUUGACAUAAACAAAUGGUGUCAUAUAUUACUCUGAAGACAGGAAGCAAUAAAAGCAU